AUGUGCAAAGGACUAACAUCGCUGCCCACCUGCUGCUUGGAAAGAGCCAAGGAGCUGAGAGCAAGGCUGGGAAACGUUCUGCUGAAACCCAACUGGAAUCUCUCCUGCUGCAAGAUAGGGAAAAAUAAGCCGACACUGGAGGAAUGCAUCAGGUGGAAGGAAUCGUUUGAAAAACUCAUAUCCAGCAAAUAUGGACUUUGUGCCUUCACAGCCUUCCUGGUGUCGGAGUUCAGCGAGGAGAACAUUGCGUUCUACUUCGCCUGCGAGGAUUACAGGAGCAGCAAGUCUGUGGCCAAACUGUCGGCCAAAGCCCAGAGGAUCUAUGAUGAGUUCAUCGGCAGUGACGCACCCAGAGAGGUUAACAUCGACCACGAGACUCGUGACAUCACCAAAGCCAACAUGCUGGUCCCGUCGGCCUCUUGCUUCGACAUGGCCCAGCACAAGAUCUACAUGCUCAUGGCCAAAGACUGCUACCCUCGCUUCCUGCGCUCGCCGUCCUACCGGGAUCUGGUGUGCCAAGCCAAGCCCGGCGCCAAGGCCGCCAAGCAGCCCCUGCAGGAGAAGGCGGCGUGA